AUGUCAUCCAGUAGAGGAAGAUCCAUAUCUAGAAGAGAUACAAUGGGAGAUCAUCAUCAGCAUCAGAAUCAGCAUAUUCGUAUAGAAUCAACAGUCCCACCAAAAAGAAUAGAUCGAACAUUUAAACUGUCAUCAAAUUUACAACCGACAACAAGCCACUCCCAAAAUCGUACUAGUGGUGGUGCCCCCUACAAAAAUUCAGUAACUGUUCCAAACACACCCCGAUUAGAACAUCAUGGAGGAGGAGAGCCAAUCCCCCCACUUACAAGACUUAAAUCAUUAAGUAAAAUUGAUAUUAGAUCUCCGAUUGUUCCCAAUUUUUCCGUUUUAUUAACACCAUCUCAGAAUUUUGGAGCUACAGUAGAAGCAUCAGGAGAAGAAGAACAACUUAGUGAACGGACAUCAUUGCAUACCCAUCAGACUCAAAAAUCAAUUGCAUCUCGAUUAUUAAAAAUCGUACCUAGAUCUUUUUAUUCGGUUCGGAAUUUUUAUAAUGAUUUUACAACCAUAGAUUGGACACAAGCUUUCGUCCUGACAAAUAGAUUAAAUUAUCAAAUUAAGAGAAAUUAUUGGAUUGAUGAAGAUCAAUCAUCACCGUUUUCAUCGUCAAAUGAUACUUCUUCAUAUUUUGCCCUGCUGAGACGGAUUCCAUUUUAUACGAAAGCUUACUUUAUUUUGGGGAAAUGGGUCUUGAUCGUCUUGAUUGGGUUCGUAUUUUCAUUGAUUGCAUUUAUGAUUGAUAAAAUCGAGAUUUUAUUAGUUGGGUUUAAACGAGGUUAUUGCAAGAGUAAUUGGUUUGCUAGUCAGGUUGUAUGUUGCGCAAAUCAAAUAGAAUCUAAUUCCAUUGCAUUUAAUGCAUUCAAAUCGGGAUAUAUUCAUCGAGAAAAUGAAGCUACUUGUGAGGAUUGGAUAAGUUGGGCUACCGUGUUUAACGAUCAUUGGCUCGAGAGCUUUAGAUUAGAUUUUACUAUCUAUGUUGUCUUGAGUGUUGUAUUGGCCCUAGCUGCAUGUUUUAUCACAUUAACUACCAGAAUUACCGGUGGAUCCAUUCAAAGUAGUACAUCAAUCGAAGGCCACACUACUGAGUCGCAUGAAUCCAAAGACGGGACACCUUCCACAUUAUCAACUGUGAAUGAAGAUGAAGAAUUAAAACCAACAACAAAACAUCGGGUCAUGUAUACAGCAACUGGUUCAGGUGUACCAGAAGUUAAAACAAUAUUAUCAGGGUUUGUUAUUAGACGGUUUUUAGGUACAUAUACCCUAAUCGCCAAAACUAUUGCAUUAAUCUUUGCCAUUGCAUCAGGUAUGUCUUUAGGUAAAGAAGGACCAUAUGUACAUCUUGCUACAUGUGUUGGAAAUAUAGCUUCAAGAUUUUUCCCAUUCAUACAUAAUAAUGAAUUACUUAAGAAACAAAUUCUUUCCGCUAGUGCAUCAGCUGGUGUUGCAUUAGCAUUUGGAUCCCCAUUAGGAGGGGUUUUGUUCAUUUUAGAAGAAAUUAAUAAUCAUUUACCUUCGAAUCAAUUAUUUCAAAUUUUCUUUUGUGCAAUUAUAUCCACAUUAUUCCUUAAAUUUCUUAAUCCUUAUGGAACUGGGAAAACGGUUCUUUUCGAAUUGGAAUAUUUUUCCGAUUGGAAAUCUAUAGAAUUGGUAUUUUUCAUCUUGAUUGGUAUUUCCGGGGGGAUAUUUGGUGCAGCAUUUGUUAAAUUUGUUAAAUGGUGGCCUAAAAAAUUCCGAACUUAUAAAAUAAUUCAUAAUCAUCCAAGUUUUGAAGUGUUUUGUAUUGCAUUAUUAACUGGUCUAAUUACAUUUUGGAACCCAUAUACAAAACAAGCGGCUGCUGAGUUGGUAUUAGAAUUAGCAACUCCCUGUGGAGCAGCGGAGUUGGAUAUGUCAUUAUGUCCCACAUCAUACGAACAAUAUGUUAAAGAAUUAUGGUCGUUGACAUUUGCACUAGUGGUGAAGAUAAUUCUUACAUUUGUGACCUUUGGUUUAAAGGUCCCUUGUGGGAUCUAUGUACCUUCAAUGGUCGCCGGUGCGUUAUAUGGAAGAUUAUUUGCCAUGCUUAUCGAAUGGAUUAAUUUAAUAUUUACGGGAAGGUCACCUGAAGAUUUCAUGGGAUUGGCUUAUCAUUUCAAUUAUAUAUUAGGUUGGACAUGUGACCCCGAUUCGAAGUAUUGUGUUGAUAUGGGAAUAUAUGCCAUGAUUUCGGCAGGAGCAUUUAUGGCCGGGAGGAUUAUUUCAAUUAUGGAUCAAUCCCCACCGAUGGUUAUAUUAACCUAUUAUUGGCAUUAG